AUUAAUUUUCAUUUAGAAAAGGAAAGCCAGAAAACAGUAAGCUAAGGCACACGGAGCGAAAGUGAAUGGAAACCAUUGGCGCCCAACUCUUUUGCUCCUCAGAAUUCCAGUGCAACUAUUUUCUUCUCUCUCAAUUUCAAGCACUCUCUUAUCUUUAUAAAUGGUUUACUCCGCGUUAUGGGUUUGGAUGAAAAAUGUCCAGGUUUACCCAACAUCACACUCAUUCUUCUUCUGCUGCAAAAUGGGUAUUUCUCACAUCUUGCGCAUGUCUGCUCGGAGGUGCCCUCGUUGCAGAUUUUCUUUGGGCUUCUUCUUCCUAUUCUUCUUCUGCCUAUUCCUUCAUUUCUUCCAAUUUGGCGCUUGACAAAUCUGGGGCCUUGGUUGUACCAAAUGUCACCGCCAAUGAAGCUGACCAGAAAGGAAGUUUCAAAGACAAAAAGGAACAUGCUUCGGAGAGAUUAUUAUCUGGAACUUUUGCAGAUAUAUCUGCACCUGAGUUACCAUGGGAGAAUAUGACGCCCGCACCGGUGCCUCGUCUCGAUGGCUCUUCAAUACAGAUUAAGAAUAUAUUUUACGUGUUUGCAGGAUAUGGCACAAUUGACCAUGUGCACUCUCAUGUUGAUGUAUACAAUUUCACUGACAAUACAUGGGGGGAAAGAUUGGAUAUCCCAAAAGAGAUGGCGCAUUCGCAUUUAGGAGUGGCCACUGAUGGAAGAUACAUAUAUGUGGUAUCAGGACAAUAUGGUCCCCAAUGCAGAGGGCCUACAGCUCGUAUAUUUGUGCUGGACACAGAGACAAAGAAAUGGAGCAGUAUGCUUCCAUUGCCUUCCCCCAGGUAUGCUCCAGCAACUCAAUUGUGGAGAGGCAGACUCCAUGUAAUGGGCGGCAGCAAAGAAAACCGCCAUACGCCUAGUGUGGAUCACUGGAGUAUUGCUGUGAAGGACGGCAAAGCAUUGGAGAAAGAGUGGCGGAAAGAAGCACCCAUUCCCCAUGGGGGACCACAUAGGGCUUGUGUUGUGAUGAAUGAUCGCCUCUUUCUUAUUGGUGGUCAGGAGGGUGAUUUUAUGCCCAAGCCUGGGUCACCAAUUUUCAAAUGUUCACGUAGGCAUGAGGUGGUUUACGGGGAUGCUUAUAUGCUGGAUGGUGAAAUGAAAUGGAAAGUGUUGCCUCCCAUGCCAAAACCCAACUCUCACAUAGAGUGUUCUUGGGUAAUUGUCAACAAUUCAAUUAUCAUUGCUGGAGGUACAACAGAAAAGAACCCAGUGACCAAAAGGAUGAUCCUUGUUGGGGAGGUUUUCCGGUUCCAAGUGGACUCCAUGACUUGGUCGGUGAUCGGAAGGCUUCCCUACCGAGUGAAAACGACAUUAACCGGUUUCUGGAACGGUUACUUGUAUUUUACAUCUGGGCAGCGGGACAGAGGACCAGAGAAUCCACAGCCAAGACAGGUCGUCGGAGAUAUGUUUAGAACCAAGCUGAAUUUGUAGUCAAAUUUUGUCUCGUCAACCAGUUUUAUAAUUAUUUUAGAUUCUCAUUCACCUUCUUAGAAUUUAAAUCGGGUCAAUUUUGUUGAUUUUUUUCUUCUUUUCUUCACUUUACCUAGAUAGUUGAAACUUGAAGAGAUAUUUUACUUAUAAAAUUGUGUACACAAUAUAUGAAAGCUGCGAGAAAAUCAAAUUUGCCGUUCAUUUUUCGUUC